AUGGCCGACUCUGGUGAUGUGAGCUACCCUAACACGGGCAGCCCCGUUGUCGAUAGCCUCAAGGCAGAGGCUUCCAAGACCUCCGACGAGUUCCGCGACCUGAAGAACGCCCGAGUUACCCCUUCCACCACAACUACCAAUGGCCAGCCAUUGACCCACUACCACUCGCUGUUGUACAGCCUAUUGAGCUGGGAACAACCUCGUGCGACCGCUGUGUCCUAUGCCACCGUGAUCGGUUUCAUCUUUGCCGCCCGUUAUCUGCCUCUUCUCCGUUGGGCCUUCAAGUUCCUGUAUAUGUCGCUGGGCUUGACCGCUGCCGUUGAGAUCGCCGGUCAAGUCAUCCUCAAGCAAGGCAUUGCCAGCUCUUUCCGCCCUCGCCGCUACUACACCAUUCCCAAGGAGACCCAUGAGGCUAUCCUGGAGGACCUUUCCCAGCUGUUGGACUUCUUCCUGAUCGAGUUCCAGCGCAUUCUGUUCGCCGAGAAUGUCGUCCACACUAUUGCCGCUUUCACUGCUGCUUUCUCCGGCUACUGGCUCGUCCGAUUCGUUCCCCUCUGGGGUCUGGCCGUUAUCUCCGUGACUGUGGCCUACCUCGGACCUCUUGUGUACAUCAGCAACCGCGAAAUCAUUGACGAGCAGAUUGCCAACCUUCAGGAGAUCAUCAGUUCCCAGACCAACCAGCUGAAGGACCUUGCUGGCGAGCGUACCUCCCACGCCACUGGUGUCAUGAAGCAAUACGUGGGCGAGUACAGCCACAAGGCCCAGGAGUACAUUGGCCGCCGCUCUGCGUCCCCCGAGACGGCCAAGGUCCCCACCCCCGUGAAGAUCGAGCCCGUCGCUGAGCCCACGAUCAAGACCGAGGACUUCCCCGAAGCCCCCAAGAUCGAGCCCAUUGCCCAGUUGGUAGAGACCGCUGAGCCGGCCCCUGCCGCCGUGGAGAAGGAGCCCCUUCUGGCUCUGUAA